AUGAUGCAGAACAGUCCCCAGAAGGAAACCGUGCCUCAGAAGCACGCCCAGAAACAAUUCGGCAGCAGAAUGAAGAAGCCCAAGCUCAACAAGAAAGUAAAGAGCAGUGGCCACGACGAGGUCCUUCUUCACGACAUCAACCAACUCCUCCAACGAAACGAAACCGAAGACGCUGAAGUUUCCGGCCAAAACGAGACUGCGUCCUUGCCCGAGAGGUUCGCUGAGCUCGAAGUCAAGAUCUCCGAGCUUUCCUCCACAGGUGACGGUCUUGCGCUUUCAGAGAAUGGGAAAUAUGUCCUGGUAGUUCCAUUUACGGUCCCUGGUGACACCGCGCACGUCAAAGUCGUCAGGCAUUUCCACGGAUUGAACUACGUAUUGACUGAUCUUCUCAAAGUGACCGAACCGGGUCCUCAGAGAGACGAUGCGAAAAUCGGAUGCAAAUACUUUGGGGAGUGUUCUGGAUGCCAGCUUCAAAUGAUGUCCUACGAGGACCAGCUUGCACACAAACGCCGUAUUGUGGAGAAAGCAUAUGCCAAUUUCUCUGGACUGAUCCCCGAACUUGUUCCUACCAUUGGGGAAACAUUCCCCUCCCCAAUGCAGUAUGGAUAUCGCACUAAACUCACCCCACACUUCGAAGUUGGUGGACCCAAGGGCCCCAAGGAAGACGAGAACGGAGAAGCGCUGAUUCCUGCAAUUGGAUUUACAUACAAGAACCGACGGAAGGAUUUGGACAUUGAAGAUUGUCCAUUAGGAACAGAUAUUGUGCGCCGCGGUCUCACUAGUGAGAGGAAACGAGUCGCAGAGAACAUUCGCUCAUACAAGCGCGGCGCUACUCUCCUGAUGCGAGAGUCCACAGCACGAAUCCCCAAAGAUGUCGCAUCUGCCACUGAUGGAGGUGCAGCUCCACAAGAGGUCGGCGGUAUUGCCGCUACCCCCAACGCAGACACAGGCGAUGUAAUCCGCAUCGAGCGCGAAGACUACAUCGAGGAGAAGCGUUGCGUCACAGACAACAACGCCACAACCUUCGAGUACAUUGACGAUUACCUGUUCAGCAACAAGGCUGGCUCCUUCUUCCAAAAUAACAACUCCAUCCUAUCCGGCUUCACAGAGUACAUUCGCUCUCAAGCCAUCCCUGCCGACAACGACAAAGACGCAAAGCCCAUCAAGUACCUCUUGGACGCAUACUCCGGAUCGGGCUUAUUCACAAUCACUCUCUCCCCCCUGUUCAAAUCCAGUCUCGGUGUCGAUAUUGGAGACGCCUCUAUCGUUUCAGCACGAGAGAAUGCUCGCGCAAACAAACUCCCCAACACCGGCUUCGCUAAUGCCGACGCCGCUACUCUUUUCAAGGAUGUCCCAUACCCGCCCGAUCAGACAUUGCUAGUUAUCGACCCCCCUCGCAAGGGAUGUUCCGACGACUUCCUGCAGCAGAUGCUUGAUUUCAAGCCACGUCGUGUGGUCUAUGUCAGCUGUAAUGUUCACACUCAAGCCCGCGAUGUUGCCGUUAUGGUCCAGGGUGACGAGAAGCGGAAUGUUCGCUACGAGAUCGAAAGCAUUCGUGGCUUUGACUUCUUCCCUCAGACCGGUCACGUCGAGGGUGUGGCUAUCUUGAACCGCACCUCCUUCCCUCAGAAGGAAUAA